AUGGCAGUCUACACUGAACUCCCCCAGAGCCUAACAGAGGUUGAUGUGAUUAUUGUGGGAGGUGGAACUGCUGCGUGCAUCAUUGCCUCGAGACUCAGUGAUGCCGAUGCUGAAUUGACAGUACUAGUUAUUGAGAGCGGGCCAGAUAAUCUCAACGAUCCUGCAGUCGUUCAUCCGUUGCUCUUCCUGAGUCAUCUUCUGCCUACCAGUAAGCGGACCAUAUUUUAUCAAGGUACAGCAGAGGCACAACUCGGGGGUCGUAAGCUCGUCGUCCCCUCUGGAGGGUCGCUUGGAGGAGGAUCAUCUAUCAAUUUGAUGAUGUACAGCCGAGCACAGCGAUCGGACUGGAAUGAUUGGGGGCCUGGCUGGUCUGCUGAGGAAAUGAUACCAUAUCUCAAAAAACUGGAAACUUACCACGGACCUAACUCAGGAUCCACACACGGAUUGGAGGGUCCAACAUUGAUAUCUGGGGGCACUUACCGUGCACAUAGAUCAGAAAAUGACUUCAUUCAAGCUGCUAAUAAAGUCGGCUACCCAGAAAUUGAAGACUUACAAGAUCUAGAUUCCAAUAAUGGCGUCCAACGCGCCUUGCGAUUUAUCGGCCCAGACGGCAAACGGCAGGAUACAGCCCAUAGGUAUCUUCACCCCAGACUACAAGAUGGAAAACAUCCAAAUUUGAUGGUUCUUGUAGAGUCUCAAGUCUUACGGAUCUUGUUCCAGGGGACUAAAGCUUCUGGGAUAGAAUAUCAACCUAACCCAGCUUUCCAGAGCAGUGGCACCAAAAAGCGUAUCGCCGCAAAAAAGAUGGUCAUUGUGUCAGCUGGUGCUCUGGGAACACCUCUUGUACUUGAGAAAUCAGGCGUCGGAGAUCCUGAGGUGUUGAAACGUGCUUCUGUCCCCGUCGUCGCGGAGGUUCCUGGAGUUGGUAAAGAAUAUCAAGAUCAUCACUUGCUGGCCUACCCGUAUCAUACCAGUCUGGACGCUGAUGAGACUGUCGACGCUCUUACUGGGGGUCGUCUCGACAUUCCGGAAUUGAUUGCGACCAAUGCAAGCAUUUUGGGCUGGAAUGCACAAGAUGUUGGUGCAAAGAUUCGGCCAACCGAUGCAGAAGUCGAUGCUCUAGGGCCAGACUUCAAGGCCACCUGGGAUCGAGACUUCAAGAAUAAUAUCAACAAGCCAUUGGUCUCGAUGGCAUUAAUAAGCGGCUUUCCAGGUGAUCCGACAGGCCUUCCGGUUGGACAAUAUAUCUCUUUGAGCACCUUUUCUGUCUAUCCUUAUUCUCGCGGUCAUAUUCACAUCAAUAGUACCAACCCUAGCGACGCUGUUGAUUUUCAAACUGGUUUCUUUCUCAGUCCGAUCGAUGUUACUAAGCACGUUUGGGCAUAUAAGACUCAACGAGAAAUAAUGCGACGUAUGGCAACGUAUCGCGGUGAACUAGCUGUGGGGCACCCCCCCUUCCCUCCGGAAUCCGAUGCCGUAUGUAACAAAACCGACGGACCACUUACGAAUGUGCAAAACAUCAAAUACACUGUAGAGGACGAUGCGAUCAUUAGGACGUGGUUAAUUGACAAUGUUAGCACGACCUGGCACUCUUUGGGCACCUGCAAGAUGGCGCCUCUUGCGCAGAGUGGUGUGGUGGAUUCGAACCUUAACGUCUAUGGAGUCCAGGGCCUUAAAAUUGCAGAUAUGAGUAUUCCUCCUGGGAAUAUUGCUGCCAAUACUGCCAACACGGCAUUUGCUAUUGGUGAGAGGGCAGCAGACAUUUUCAUUGAUGAACUUCGGCUGGGAAAAUCUCCUUAG